AUGGAGAGGAUUCAUUCUGAAAACACAGAUCCGUUGAAAAACCUUCACUCUGUCUCUGGUAAUGGUGGUGCCAAGCAGAAUGUUUCGGAAACAUUGUACUCCGAUCAACUAAAUUUUGAGGAACGGUUGCACACUCAAAGCCAAAAUGAGAAUAGCUUUCAAAGUGAAGUCUUCCACAAUAAUCAAAACACCAGAAGUCAAAAUCAAAAUCAGAAUGCCUUUUUGCAUCAUAAUGAAUUCAUAAAUGAAGAUCAGAAUGUGUUCCUAAGUCAAAAUCAAGACCAGAUUAAACGGCAAGCUCACAAUCAAAAUUUGAAUAAUGCCAAACUUCUAAUUCGACCACAAAAUAACUUCCCAGAUCCAAACAGCAACUUCGAUAACUUUCAAGUUCAAAAUCAAAAUUUGAAUAAUGCCAAACUUCAAAUUCGACCACAAAAUAACUUCCAGUCUCAUCAUGAAAAUCAAAAUAACUUUGCCAAUCUACAUAGAAAUCAUGAUAACACUCAUGUUCAAAUUCAAAAACAUAACAACUUGCAAACUCAAAUCCUGAAUCAAAAUAAUUUUUCUCAAAAUCAAGAUGGAAAUAACUUUCAGAAUCAAAACCUGAAUCUCUUCAACUCUCAACUUCAUUUUCAGAAUAAUGCGACUCAAAAUCGAAACCAUAACAGCUUCCCUAAUCAACAGCAAGAUGACUUUCUAAAUCCAAACCAGAAUCAGAAUAACUCCAGCCUCAAGCUCAAAAUUCAAGAUCAGAAUAACCUCCUAAAUCAAAAUAACUUCCAACCUGAAUUUCAAAAUCAGAAAUCUGUAGAUCAAAGCCAAGAUCAGAAUAGCUUUCAAUCUCAAAUUCAAAAUCCAAGCCAGAAAACUCAAAAUCAGAACAACUUCCUAAGCCUAAACCAGGGUCAGAAUAACUCGCAGUUUCCAACUCGAAAUCAAAACAACUUUUCAAAUCAGAGUCAGAAUAACUUCCAAUUUCAGACUCAAAACCAGAGUAAUUCAGUAAAUCAGAACCAGAAUCAAAGUAAAUUCAAAUCCGAAAUUCAAAAUCAAAAAAGAUUUCUAAAUCCAAACCAUCAGACUAAUUUCCAGUCUCAAAUACAAAAUGACUUUCUAAAUCACGCCCAAAAUCAGAAUAACUUUCUAAAUCAAAAUCAGGAUCACAGUAAUUCUCAGUCUCCUACCCAACAUUGGAAUAACUUUCUAAUUCAAAACCAAGAUCAAAAUAACUCCAAACUCCCAAUUCAAAAUCAAGAUACCUUUCUAAAUCAAAACCAAGAUCAGAAUAACUUCCAAUUUCCUAUUCAAAAUCAGAUUAACUUUCUAAGUCAAAACAUAGAUCAGCAUAACUUUCAAUCUCAAAGCCAAAACCAGACCAGCUUAUCAAGUAAACAUUUUGGAAAGGCGUUAUUACAAACAUUCAGUCAACAGGACGAGCAUUCAAGAAAUAAUGAUUCAAGUCUUCUAAAUCAGAUUAAUGAUGAUCUCCAGAAGUCCAACAAAACUGAGUUUCAAAAUCAGUCAUUUCCCGGAGAAUCUAUUGCUGAAAAUCCAUUGACUACCCACUCUGAUCAGGUAUUCUUUGGUCAGAGUAGUUUCGAAAACAGUCCCACUUCACAUAAUAUUCAAAAUUCCUUCUCACAUAACGUUGAUGGCAUAUUUGAUUCGAUAAAUGUUAAGGAUAUUCUUCAUUCUGACGCUAAAAACCCUCAAACAAAUUUUCAUUCCAUAAGUAGUCAUAGCAAUUUCGGUCCAUCAGAUAUUCAUAGUAAUACUGAUUCAAAUAUUCAAAGCAAGUUGGCCCCUUUAGUUGUAACAAGUGAUUCAACUUCACAAACUAUUCAAAAUAAUGUUGAUGCAUCAGAUAUUCAUAGUAUCAUGAAUGCACAAUUUCAUCAGACUACUUUCCAACCAAUAGUUUCUAAUAUCGGCUCAAAUGAAAACAGAGAUUUCAGGUCACAGAAUCUGGAAGUCUUCGAUUCAGAAUUAAAAUAUCUUCAAAGCGGACUUUUCCAACCACCAAUUAGGGAAUUCGCUCAUUUCGAAUCCAAUAAUAAUCAGCAUAACACAGAUUUUCAAAAUCAGAGUAAUUCUCCAACUGUUCCAAGCUCUCUUAUUCACCAAAUUUUCACAGUGAUUUUCCUCCAGACAAUAUUCAAAGCAAACAAACAGUUGAUAGCAAUUUUGGUUCACUACAUAAUCAAGGAAAUUCCGAGCAUCAAAACCUGGGGAAAGCUCUCUUUGUACUGGCGAAUUUGCAAAACAGAUCAUCUGAUCAACAAACUCUGGAGAACUCCGAAAAAGGGAAAUUUGAAAGGUCAUAAUUCCGACACUCAGAAUAUGGAAAACCUCGAUUUCAUACAUCCUCUAAAUACUCAGGGCAUUCCUGAUUCACCAAAUAUUCAGGGUCAUUUUAACUCAGACGUUCAGAGUAAUCCCAAUAUACAAACUCUUCAAAUCAACCUUACAAACAAUUCUGAAUCAAAAAAUAUUCAGCAGAACUUACAUUCACAAAAUCUUCAAAUUAAUUCUGACAUACCAAUAAGCCCUUUCAAUUCACAAAAUCUUCAAAAUAACAAAAGUAUUCUAGGUAAUAUCGGUACACAAAACAGGCAACGCAAUUUCGAAUCUCAAAAUGAGGGAAGAACUCUUUCAGAAUCAGAAGACAGCGAAUUCAGGUCUUCAAAUCUGGGAAAUGUUGAUUCUGAAUUAGAAUAUCUCCAAAGUGGGGUUUUCCAACCUCCGCUAAGGGAAUUCAAUCACUUCCAACCGAAAAAUAUUCAAAGUAAUUUCGAUUUCCAGACACCGAAUAGCAGUGAUUCUCGAAAUAUUCGUAAUGACUUAAACUCACAUAAUAUUCAAAGUAAUGUUCAGUUACUUAGCCAUCAAAGCAAUAGUGAUUCACAAAUUGCUCCAGAUGCAUUCAGUUUACCAAAACGUCUUGAUUUUAAUUCAGACAUUUUUUCAAGUAAUUUACAUUCAGAAAAUAUUCAGAGUAACCAUGAAUCACAAAAUAUGCAAACCAAUUUUGAUUCAAAGAAUAUUCAACACGAUCUUGAUUCGCAAAAUACCCAAAGAAAUCAUGAUUCAAAGAACAUUAGAAGUAAUUCUGAUUCUCAAAGUAUCCAAAGCAGUCUUGCAUCACAGAAUAUUCAAAAUAAUAUUGGCCCACAUAAUAUUCAUAGCAAUUUAGAUUUGCAGACUAUUCAAAGUAAUUUUGAGGUCCAAACACAGGAAAAAGGCUUUUCAGAAGUUCAUAGUGAUAAGCAACAAAACCUAAGGCAUUCUGACACAAUAAAUUUGGAAAAUGAUCAUUUCAAUUUCGAAAAUCAGGAAAAUACUGGUUCACAAUUAUUCAUUCCAGGGUUUUUCCAUUCACAAAAUUCCAACAACCAUUUCGAUUCACACAGCAUUCAAGGAUCUCAAAAUACCCAGGCCAAUUCCGAUGAUCAAAUCAAACAAAACAUUUUCAAUUUGCGAUUUACAUCUCAGAAUCUGGGUAAAAGUCUCUCAGAUACAAAGAAUUUUCCAAACGGAUCACCUGAACCGCAAAACAUGGAAAAUGCAGGUAAUCUGCAAAAUAAUAAUUUCCUGUCUCAAAAUCUCGAUAACAGCAAUUUUCAAUCACAGAAUCUGGAAAAUCAUUUCCAAUCUCAGAAUUUGGAAAACCAUAAUUUUAAUUCUCAAAAUGAGGAAAACAAUGAUUUCCAAUCACAGAAUCUGGAAAAUCAUUUCCAAUCUCAGAAUCAGAGGAACAAUUAUUUUCAGUCUCAAAUUUUGGAUGACGUUGAACCAGAAUUUAUACACCUACUAAGUGGACGUUUGCAGCCACCAACGAGGGACUUUAAUUAUUUAGAAUCAUAUGGUGGUCAAAACAACUCUGAUACGCAGAAUUUUCAAAACAACUUUAAUCUCGAGUAUACUUUGGACGCACAAAAGAGCCAAAGUAACACAGAUCCACAAAAUCGAGGUAAAUUACUUUCACAACAUUCAGAAAGGAAUAAUUUCCAUGAUAUAUCGGCUGAACAACAAAAUCUGGGCAACACUAGUUCAGACGAUUUAGAAAAAUCUCAAAAUCUGGAAAUCUUACAGUCAGAGCAUGAACACCCACAAAGGGUUUUUUUACGACCACCGUUUAGGGAAUACAAUUACUUUGAAUCACAAAAUCCGGCAAAUGGAGUCUUACAAAGUGAGGACUUUAAAAGUGAACCAAAAAUACAAUUUACAACCAACCUGUCAUCACAAAAUCCUAGAAAUGUGGAAUUUGCAUCACAGAGUCAACAACCGGAACACUUCACGCCCCAAAACCUCAAAAGGAGUCCGCCAGUGUCACAGAAUCAGGGAAAUGAAGUAUUUGAAACACAAAAUCAGGAAAGAAAUGACUUCCUGAGCGUAAAUUCUGGAGUUCAGAAUGGUCAUAGUGGCCAUAUACCAUCGACUUCUCUCUUGAAUGGUCACCAAAAGCCGCAGGUAAUGGCAGCUGUUGACAAUGAGGAUUCACAAAUACAAAGAUUCGAAAAUUUAGAGCGACCACGAAAUUCUCCAAGCAAUUGGACUCGAGUUCAAGACAAAGAAAAACACAUCCCAGAACCAAGAGCUCAGGAAAUUAUCUCAAACCCUGAGACUCAGGAUGCCCAAGAAGCUAAAAAUAGUAAAACUAGUCAACUUCAAACUCAGUCAGUUCACACGACGCAACAAAACAAUAACGUACAUAUUCAAGUAAUGGAAAAUCAUGAUAAUGAAGCACAUGUUCUUAACGAAAACAGCACUGGGUUACGUAGUCUGAAAACUGUCCAUAUUCAGUCACCAACCCAAUUUUUUAAUAGUUUCGAGCCAAUGCGUUUACAAAACGGCAAUAACUGGAGAUCAAAUAGAGAUAAUUUGUCGCCUCAAAUUCAAACAACUAAUCUUCAAGUCGAAUCAGAAAAUGCAGAAAGCGUUGAUCUAAUAUCUCAAAAUCUACAAAGCGACUUUCAGUCAAAAAAUUUACAAAGCUCAACUAAUAGCGAGGUCAGACCAAGCAUUCAGCUAAAUGGCCUCUUACUCCCACACAACACGCACCAUGACCUACUGUCCCACGCGUCUCAGCCUGAGGGAAACGCGGGCAAUUCACUGGUUAUGAAGAAUGAUCAAUUGCCAUCUCAGGGCAGUCAACGCGGUCAACUGCGAUUACAGUCACAGAACAAUCAAACAGACGACCAGUUGCACUUACCGAGUCAUCAUGAGCAAUUACAACAACAUAACCAACGUGGCCAGCUGCAACCACAGAGUCAGAAUAAUCAGUUGCAAGCACAGAUAGAUCAGGAUAUUCCUUUCCCAUUGCCAGAUCAACAGAGUGACCAACCGCGAGCUCAAAGGGACCCUCUGUAUAGCCAACCACACACUAAGUCAAGAGCGGAGUAUACACAGCCUCAGAACAACACGAUACAGUCACAAAAUUACACACAAGAAUUACAACACCAACUACCACAAACGAACUCACAGUCACAUGAGCAUUCACGAUCCCUUCGCCGGAUCAUGGGUACGUUGGCAGGACCCGUGUCCACCGGCGGUUACACCGCCGGGGGCCCCCUGGAGACUCCCCUCGAGGAUCCCGUGGUUUUGGGAAAGGGAAAGCUGACAGAAACCCUGGAGGCCCUGUUGGGCCGCACAAUGAAGAUAGCUACCCACUUCUGCGACCGCAUGAAACCCAACCUGUGCGGAGAGAAAAUAGAAAUCUAG